AUGCCCAAACUAAAGACUAGCAAGCGCAAUACUGCCGCUGCUGGCACACCUUACGAAAAAGCUGCUGCAUUGACCAAUUCGUUCAAGCACAAUAAAGAUUAUGGACAACAUAUCCUUAAAAAUCCUGGAGUGGCAGAAGCUAUCGUGAAGAAGGCGAACCUCAAACCUACGGAUACAGUACUCGAAGUCGGUCCAGGUACAGGAAAUUUAACAGUAAGGAUAUUGGAAAGCGCAAAGAAAGUUAUAGCUGUGGAAGUGGACCCUAGAAUGGCUGCAGAAGUCACAAAGAGAGUGCAGGGGAAGCCGGAACAGAAAAGAUUGGAGGUUCUCUUGGGCGAUGUCAUAAAGACAGAACUGCCACAUUUCGAUGUGUGCAUUAGCAAUACUCCUUAUCAGAUUUCGUCACCACUUGUCUUCAAACUGCUGUCCUUGCCAAACCCUCCCCGAUGCAGUGUUCUCAUGUUUCAACGCGAAUUCGCUCUCCGUCUUACUGCCCGCCCUGGUGAUUCACUCUACUGUAGGUUGUCUGUCAAUGCGCAGUUCUUCGCCAAGAUCACACACAUAAUGAAGGUUGGUAAAAAUAACUUCAGACCACCCCCACAGGUCGAAUCCUCUGUGGUGCGGAUCGAACCCAAAACAGGCAAAGAGCGUCCAGGGGUCAGUUGGGAAGAAUGGGAUGGUAUGUUGAGAAUAUGUUUCGUAAGAAAGAAUAGAACUAUGAGGGCUAGUUGGUUGGGAAUGAAGCAGGUACUUGCAAUGUGUGAGAGGAACUAUCGAGUUUAUUGUUCAACAAACAAUAUCGCUCUCGACGAGACUCCAGUUGAUGACGAGGACGAGGAUAUGGAUCUGGAUGAUGCGCCAAUCGCUGAGGAAGGAGAAGAUGAGUGGGGAGGAAACAUGGAUACCGAUAAAGGCGAGGAUGGAUUCGAGGAUGAAGCGCCAUCUUUCUUCCAGGAGCUUAAAGGAACCAACAAGCCUAAAACUAAAAGCAAAGUACCCAAGACCCGGGUGGCAGAGCUUGUUCGAGAAAAAAUACGCAAAGUUCUGGAGGAUGUAACUGAGUUGGCGGAUACACGUGCCGGGAAAUGCGAUGAGAACGACUUUCUCAGAUUGCUAUUUGCAUUCAACGAGGAAGGAUUACAUUUUUCAUGA